GUUUGGUUGAUAGCCGAAAACGAUAAUGAGUGAACCCUCCAAAGUGAAGCUGGGGAUUAAAUAUGAAGGCAAUAAAGGUCCAAGGUUCGGCACCAGACACCUCCAAAUCCUACUUAUAAGCCUCGGCAUGAGCCUAAACUUGUGCACAAAAUCAAUUCUAUCAGUAGCCAUUGUGGCAAUGACGAGUAACGCGACGUCAUCAAACCAUGACACACCAACCUACACCUGGACCAAUAAAAGCGUCAUAAUGUCUUCCCUGUUGUGGAGCGGAAUUGCUGUCAAUGUACUAGCAGGAUUCUUGGGAAAUCGUUACGGACCAAAAUGGUUCCUCAUCGGAGCCUCCUCAUUGAACUCUUUAUUUUUUAUGCUUAUUCCAUACAGUGCAGCGCAUUCUGGCAGUACUGGAGUGAUUAUUUGUAGGCUCCUGCAAGGCUUAGCUAUCGGGUUUCUUUUUCCUAUCAACGCUGUUGCAAUGGGUCGAUGGACACCGCCAGAAGAAAGAGCUAGAAUGGAGAUGACUGGUCCUGGAAUUUUAACUAUUUUUCAGAUACUUACUUCAAUAGCCUCAGGGUUUAUUAGUGAAUCAAAACUGGGAUGGCCUUGGAUAUUUUACUCUCUUGGCAUUAUAGAGCUAAUAUGGGUUGUUAUAUACACGAUAUUUGGAGCCCAAAGUUUUGAGGAACACAAUAGAAUUGACUUAGAUGAAAAAAAAUAUUUGCGAGAUACUUUAUUUGCGACCAAGGAUGGUAACAAGGGUGCUCCUUGGAAGAAAAUUGUUUCUUCUGUUCAUGUUUGGGCCUUUACCAUUGGCCAUACUGGUUUCAUGUUUAUUAGUGUGAUGUUGUCGACGGAAAUUUCAAUUUUUUUCAAUGCAGUUAUGAAAUUUGAUUUGAAAACGAAUGGUACAGUCUCAGCAAUACCGCCCCUAAUAGGAAUCAGCACAGGCGUAGCAAUAUCAAUUUUAUCAGAUUUGAUCACAUCAAAAGGUUUUAUUUCGGUACUCAAUGCACGCAGACUGUUUCAUUUAACUGGCACCACAGGAGUAUCAUUGAGUCUAAUUGCAAUGACUUACAUCAGUGAAGAUCACAAAAUUUGGUCAGUGGUACUUUUGAGUUUAGGCCACGCCUUUUUUCUAAGUGCAGCCGUGGCAGGAGCGAAAAUUAAUAUUUUGGACGUUUCACCGAAAUAUGCUGGCAUCAUUAUGGGCUUUACUCAAAUGUUCGCUCAAACAAUAUCUCUAUUCGCUCCAUUAUUAGUUCAAUGGAUUUGUGUGGAUGAGUCCGAUCCUUCGCAAUGGAGAAAAGUUUUCUUAAUUUUGGCUGCGUUAGUGGGCGCCACGGCCGUUUUCUUCGCUCUAUUCGCCACAGAUCAGAGACAAAAUUGGGAAACCGAGAGCGAAAUAGAGGCUCGAAAAAAGCGGGGUAGUCUUACCAGCAUGUCAAUCGGUAUAAAGUACUAAUUUAUGGUUUUUAAUGAAAAUAUUUUGUGAUAUUUUAUACUUUGUGAUUUAUUUUAUUUGUGAAUAAAUACAAAAUUUUAUGUACACGUAUAUUCGAAACAAAAAAGGCAGAAAAAUCCCUAAAAUAUCUAAAAAUGAGUUUCCCUUUUUGUUUGUAACAGCUGAAUAGAAACAAUGAGUUGUGUUAAUGCCCAGGAAAAGUUUCCCUUCUUUUGCAGUGCCCCCUUUUGUGUGUUAUGAUGGCAUAUUGAACCACCCAUCUCUUUCCAUAACAGCUUAUAGUGCAACAAUAAUUUAUUUCAGGAAUAUACAUUUUUAAUGCUGUCACAGUUCCGAUAGCGAUAACAAUUUGCGUUAAUUUUAAAAUAAGUAGCUUAAUGUUAUUAAUUACACUAAUAAAUUACCCCGUUUACAACAAAUAAUCUAAGCUUCGAUCUAAACCUUCUUGUUUUUAU